AGCCGCUAAGCGUGUGAGGAUGGAUCCUUAGACGCAGGCGUUGUCACUCAGAGGGGUGCCUGCUGUGCUGUCAGCACCAGGGCUGCGAAGUUCCCCCUUUUAUCCAUUCCUUGUACGUUUUGGUCUCGUAUCCGUGUCAGGUGUGAAAGCUGCACCGUGUGCCUGUGCAGGAACAGCGUGUCGCAGCCAGCCUCUGCCACGGAGAACCAAAAAGCGCUUUUCCCCAAAGCCUCCUCAAGAGCUCUAGGCUUGAGCCUUACCGAGCGAGCCCCAGGCUGGUAAACGUCCUGCACAGGGCGCAGCAGCAGCACUUGCUCUGAGGUUAUUUUGAAGUUGUUCCUCUUGCCAGUGAAUUCUGAUCUCGUUGGAGGGCUCUCGCUGAAUGCAAGGAGUCCUUCGAUAAGCCUUGUAGCCGUUCGGCUGUCAAAUUACAAAACACUUGGAAGCAGUGGGGGACGUGUGCUUUUUGGCAGCCUUAAAGGUAUGACGUGACCAUGAAGAUGAAAUAAUUAAAUUGCUUGGAAUGAAAAGUGUAAAUCUUAGUAUAGCAGUUUGGUGUUUUGGUCUAAAACUAACUUAGAAGACUGGAAUGGAGAACGAGUAUCAAUGGCUAGGGACGCUUGCUUAAGGAGAAGAAGGAGCUAACCUUUUGGCAGAAGUGUGUCUUGUCUCACAACGAAGUGGUAUAUUGAGGGCAUCAUGAAUUGGAAUAAAGGUGGACCUGGUACAAAGAGAGGCUUUGGUUUUGGUGGAUUUGCCAUUACGCCUGGAAAGAAAGAGGAGCCUAAGCUUUCUCAACAGUCUCAUAGUGCUUUUGGGACAGCCGGUUCUUCUGCUGCAUUUGCGAAAUCGGGACCUCCACAGCUGCCUUCUUUCUACAAAAUUGGGUCAAAGCGAGCAAAUUUUGAUGAAGAAAAUGCGUACUUCGAGGAUGAAGAGGAAGAUAACAGCAACGUCGACUUGCCAUACAUUCCAGCAGAGAAUUCCCCCACUCGCCAGCAGUUUCAUUCCAAAUCGGCAGACUCUGACAGCGACGAUGAUCCUCUGGAGGCAUUCAUGGCUGAAGUGGAGGAUCAAGCUGCUCGAGACAUGAAGAGACUUGAGGAUAAAGACAAGGAAAAAAAGAAUGCUAAGGGUAUUCGAGAUGACAUUGAAGAGGAAGAUGACCAAGAAGCUUAUUUUCGCUACAUGGCUGAAAACCCUACUGCUGGUGUGGUACAAGAAGAGGAAGAGGAUAACCUCGAGUAUGACAGUGAUGGGAACCCAAUUGCACCGUCCAAAAAAAUCAUUGAUCCCCUUCCACCUAUUGACCAUUCAGAGAUUGAAUAUCCUCCUUUUGAGAAAAAUUUCUAUGAUGAGCACGAGGAGAUCACCAGUCUGACCCCGCAGCAAGUGGUGGAGUUACGUCAUAAGCUAAAUCUCCGGGUCUCCGGUGCUGCUCCUCCAAGACCUGGCAGUAGCUUUGCUCAUUUUGGAUUCGAUGAGCAACUUAUGCAUCAAAUUAGGAAAUCCGAGUAUACCCAGCCCACUCCUAUACAGUGCCAGGGUGUUCCAGUUGCACUAAGUGGCAGAGAUAUGAUUGGGAUAGCUAAGACUGGAAGUGGAAAAACAGCAGCCUUCAUCUGGCCAAUGUUGAUUCACAUCAUGGAUCAAAAGGAGCUCGAACCAGGGGACGGUCCCAUUGCAGUGAUUGUAUGCCCGACCAGAGAGCUUUGCCAACAGAUCCAUUCUGAAUGUAAGCGCUUUGGUAAGGCGUAUAAUCUGCGCUCAGUAGCUGUGUAUGGAGGAGGAAGCAUGUGGGAACAAGCCAAAGCCCUCCAGGAGGGGGCAGAGAUAGUUGUUUGCACACCAGGUCGUUUGAUUGAUCAUGUGAAAAAGAAAGCUACAAACCUUCAAAGAGUCACUUACCUUGUGUUUGAUGAAGCCGACAGAAUGUUUGAUAUGGGUUUUGAAUAUCAGGUCAGAUCAAUUGCAAGCCACGUACGUCCUGACAGACAGACCCUCUUGUUCAGUGCCACUUUCCGUAAGAAGAUUGAGAAAUUGGCCCGAGAUAUUCUGAUUGACCCAAUUCGAGUUGUGCAGGGAGACAUUGGAGAGGCAAAUGAAGAUGUUACUCAAAUUGUGGAGAUUUUCCCUUCUGGCCCUAGCAAAUGGAACUGGCUGACUCGACGCCUUGUGGAAUUCACGUCUUCUGGGAGCGUUCUCCUGUUUGUCACCAAGAAGGCAAAUGCAGAAGAGCUGGCUAAUAACCUCAAGCAGGAGGAUCAUAAUCUAGGGCUGCUUCAUGGCGACAUGGACCAGAGUGAGAGGAAUAAAGUAAUUUCAGAAUUUAAGAAAAAAGGGAUCCCGAUACUUGUAGCUACUGAUGUUGCAGCUCGUGGGUUAGAUAUUCCUUCCAUUAAGACUGUGAUCAAUUACGAUGUGGCUCGGGACAUAGACACGCACACCCACAGAAUUGGUCGCACUGGCAGAGCAGGCGAGAAGGGAGUUGCCUACACUCUGUUGACUCCCAAGGACAGUAACUUCGCUGGUGAUCUCGUCCGAAAUCUGGAAGGUGCUAAUCAACAUGUUUCCAAAGAGCUGUUGGAUCUAGCAAUGCAGAAUCCAUGGUUCCGGAAAUCCCGUUUCAAAGGAGGAAAAGGCAAGAAGCUGAAUAUUGGUGGCGGUGGCUUAGGAUAUCGUGAACGUCCUGGUCUGGGAUCAGAAAGCUCUGACCGUGGAAACAACAACAGUGUGAUGAGCAACUAUGAAGCGUAUAAGCCAUCCUCCGGGGCGAUGGGUGACAGACUUACAGCAAUGAAAGCAGCCUUUCAGUCUCAGUAUAAGAGCCACUUUGUUGCUGCAAGCUUAAAUAAUCAAAAGACUGGAAGCUCUGCUGCUGGUGCUAGCGGCUGGACUAGUGCUGGGAGCUUGAACUCAGUACCAACAAGUUCAGCACAGCAAAAUUCUGCAAAUCCUGACAGCCCGAUUGCAGCUGCCGCGGCAGCAAAGGGUGUUCCAGGAUUCACCAGCACCGGGAAUCUGAGUAGCGUUCCCACCUUCCCAAGCGUCGGAGUACAGGGCUACAACAACACCACGAAUGCCAGCACUAAUAAUCGAGAAGGCAUCGGCAGCACCGGCACCAGCGUUGCUCCUGGUGGCGGUGGUGGCGGCAGCGGCGGUGGUGGCAUUGUCAGAGAACGAUACAACGACAACAGGAACAGUCGGCACAAUGAGGUCCCACGCCGGGGAGAGGGCGGUGGCGGUCGCUACAACGACGUGCAGCGCCACGGGGAAGGAGGUGGCCGCCACAGUGACGCUUACCGGCACGGGGAGGGCCGGCACAGCGACAACCAUCGCCACGGUGAAAGCCGGCAUUUCGCUGACGUGAGCAGUGGCAAUCGCAAUAAUGGUGAGAGCAGGAACGUCAGCGAGGGUAGGAACAACGAGAACAGGAAUGGUGAGAACAGGAAGGAUGCCAACAGCCGGGACAACAAGACAGAUGGUUUUGCUGUCCCAGAGCCCCCAAAACGUAAGAAGAGUCGAUGGGACAGUUAAAGGCUGGUGCUUCGCAGCCUGGUGGAAUCUGUGCAGGUAGUGUUGUCUUUUUCCAGAGGAUUUCUUGGGUUUUUUGGUAACUGGUUGUUGAGCAGCUGGGGGAGGAGUAGGAAACCGUGAGAACUCCCCGUGGAAGUCUGCGCCGGUACAUCUGCGGACAGAUUCAAUCUAAUGAUGUGUACAUGCAAUGCUUAGUCAAAGAGAAAUCAUUUUGAUAAAGCUCCCUGGGUUCUGCUUUUAAACAUUCAGUGCUCAAGUGACUCUGCUGGAUUUAAACAGAUCUUCUUGACAAGAAAGAAGCUGUUUCAUGUCCUUGGAACAUUAAGAAACUGUUGAAGGUAGUCUUUUCUUAACCAGCAUUCACACUUUAAAAAAAAACAAAAAAAAAAACACAACAACAACAACAAAAAGUUCAUCUGGAGAUGCUCAGGACCCACCUGUUUAACUUUAACCUUUCAGCAAUUUGUUCAGUAUGGUGAGUUCUUCUCCAGUCUCUUCUUUUCCCAUAUUCUUCUAUCCCCAAAUAAUUUGGCCUCCAGAUUGGCCCGUCUGUCUCUCCCCAUCAAUUAAGAAUGUACUAAUUUACGUCGCUGAAGGGGGGAUGGAGCAAGUUGAUUUUUCUUUAAUUUCUUACGAAGCUGUUCAAGGGAUCCUUCUCCAGCCCAGUUAACCACGACGUCACACCUAGUGAAGGAUGAACUCCCUGGUUUUUUGUGGUCAGUACACCAAUCCCAUUGCCCCAGAUACUUUUCUUUUCUUGUAAAAAGCAAAACGAAACUCUUCGUUCCUAAAAACCUUCGUUUUGGUGGAAGCCUGCAUAGCAAACGUGUCUCUGCUGUGCCUAUGCACCCUCUGUUAUGAGAGGGCUGAUUGCUUUCUUCAAAGUAAAAACAAAAAAAAAGGGAAAAAGAUGUAGAUACGCCACAGCAAUCAAAGGCUGGCACCAUCCCCCCUUCCCCCCCAUGAAGUGAAGCUAAAUGAAGAGGCUUCAUUCAGAAAUUCAGGGACCUGCUGCUCAGAAGCCUUUAGGGAGAACCUGAAAAGCAAUUGAUGGAGUGGAACAGCUCAAAUAUCGCCCCAUAUUGGACACAUGUAGUUAAAACUGUAAAAUCUUGCUUGACCGUUUUUAACUCAUUGUGUGUAUUACCUGUUUUUUAACUCUUUUUUUUUUUGGCACCAUAAAGGUAAGGAAGAACUCUUUUGUUGAAACAUGUCAGCACCCACCUCUGUCUUGUUUCUACCGAGAGAAGUAUCAGAAACUGUCAGUUUUUUGUGACAUUGUGAUGUUUUCUUUAUCAGCUGUGCAUUUACUUUCUGCUUGCUCUAGUAAAUGUUUUAUUACUGGGACAAAA